AUGUUCUCUGUGAUCUUCCAAGCUCCUGGAUAUCAAUUUUGUGAUUUACACUUGAUCAUUGAUUUUAUAAAACUAGUUGUGACCAAUGCGCCAAACAUGGCAGGUUCAGUGCCCCUCCUUUCAAGCCCUUACGUUGAUGGCAACAAAAACGAGCCUGCCGCUGAACACCGUGCUUGCGUCAUGGCCUGGACUUCUAAACCCGACAAGGCUACCGAUCAUGAGUUGCAUUUAAAAUGGAAGGAAGACAUUCAAAUGUGGAACCAUCGGGGAGAUGCUCCUCUUAACUUUGCCCCAAAUCCUAACACCAAAGAGUACACCUCACACGCCCCAUCAACCACCUCCCAGGACCUCACCUCCAGCUCUCAACCAUUUUGUUACACCAUUUGUACCAAAUCGACCAUAAUCACCUCCCAUCAAGAAUCUACCAAUGUUAUUGAUUUAGAACCAGAACCUGUUCCAAAAGCCACUACCCCUGUUGCACCACCUGUAGCUCCCGCUGCUUCUUUAGAUGAUGUGAUUGAAGAAUGUAUUAAGAAGUAUGGUGAUGAAGCUGUUCUUUUCUGGUUUGCUAAAAAAGUAGAUUUAUCUGAAGAAAUUAGACGUGUCGGUAGAUAUGUUCCCUCUACUUACUCCUCUGAUCCCAUUGUUAGUCUUACUCAAUCUAUGGUUGAGAGUUUGUAUAAACACCGGUCUGUCUUUGAUCCCAAUUCUGAAAAAGAGGUCGAUGCUAGAGUCCGUCUUAUUAGAAAGUUCAAAUCUCUUGUUGCUCAUUCUAUCCUGUAUCCUUCUUCUUCUGACAAGGGUAAAAAACGUGCUUUCAAUCAAGAUUAA